AGGUGAUCACCUCAUUCGUCCAACAUGAAGAACCAAUGCGAUGUAUAUGAUGACUACCUACGGUAAGGCUGUGCUGAUGGCUGAAUUUGGGCGCAAAGCGACGAAAGCGACGAAAGCGACUAAAUCGACUAAACCGACCAGGGGGUUAGUUGAGAAUGAGGUCGAGAUAUGUGCAGUUUGAGAUGCGAAACCCACGGCGAAAACCCAUAAAAAGGCUGCAAAGUCUUUGCAUUGCUCUUGAUAUGGAUGUCAUUUUACAAUAACCCCAGUGAACAUUCGAAGAAAUACUUGCCACGUUCGGACUUUGCUUGGAAACUCUCCUCACUAUGUCGGACGGAAGAUACGUUGACGGCAGUAUCUAUUUCUAUGCCCCCAAUAAGGGCGCUCCAGUAUUCUUUGCCGUUGCCUUCGCGGCAUCUGGCAUCUGUCAUAUCUAUCAGUGCUUUCACUACAAAAGCUGGAGAUUAACCACCUUCUACGUCACAUGCGCUGUCCUCUUCACUGCCGGCUUCAUUGUUAGAGAACUUGGUGCAUUUGAUUAUGGUGAUCUGGUCAAGUUCAUCGUCACCACCUGUCUGGUAUACGCAGCGCCACCCAGCGCCGAAUUGGCCAAUUAUAACAUCCUCGGAAGGAUUCUGUACUACGUCCCCUACCACUCACCGAUCCAUCCUGGCCGCGUUAUCACUACCUUCGCCUUCAUCUCCACCGUUGUCGAGGCACUCAACGGCAACGGUGCAUCGUUAAGCGCCAACCAGUCUCUUCCGCGCUGGAAACAAGAGCUUGGUCGGAACCUCCUCAAAGCCGCGCUCCUUAUCCAGCUCGUCGUUAUCGCUUUCUUCCUUCUCCUAGCCGGUACAUUCCACAGGCGGUGCCGUCGAGGCGGCAUUAGGAGCGCCAAGCUCGAGAACGUUCUUUACACGCUCUACGCAUCAACAAGCCUCCUAACCAUCCGGACCGUCUACCGGGUGGUCGAGUACUGGAGCGUGGCGGACCUUCAUUACGACGACAAAUCUCUGGACCCGAUGUCGCUCAGCCCCAUCAUCCGUUACGAGUGGUUCUUUUACGUGUUUGAGGCGAGUCUGAUGCUUGUGAACCAUGUGCUGAUGAACGUCAGGCAUCCGAGGAGGUACCUGCCGAAAAGCACAAAGACGUAUUUGUCGGUAAGAGACGGCAAGACCGAGGUCACUGGGCCGGGAUACAAGGACUCGAGACCGUUCUUGUUGACGCUAGUUGAUCCGUUCAAUCUGGGAGGGCUGAUCAGGGGAAAAGGGGAUGGUAACGUAAAGUUUUGGGAGGAGGAGGAUGGCGGGCACGAAGCUGACAAGCUGGAAAGCCAAAAGGUCAAGGCUAAGGAUUAUGUCAAUGAGGAUGUUGAAGCGGCGAGAUGAGCAUGUCAGUCGGUCGAGUCCGAGAUUUCUGGGAUGGAAGCUUUGUGGAAGCCAUUGUCGUUUUUUUUUUUUCCUUUUUUUGUCUCUAGAUAGAUUUCUCUACCCAAUCCUAGCACGAAAUAAUCAGCAACCGCACAUAGCCAUGCCGCGAACGCCACACCUCCGCCCAGCUCAACGGUGCCAAUGUUUACUCAUCAUUCCUGGCGCUAAGCAUUCACGUGGGAUCUAAAUGAAUAGUUUGCUUUCUCCGGCCGUUCGUCGCGACCAGUAUGCAAGGCUCACGCGUUGCCGAGAU